UAGGUUUGGUUUGAAGCUCGGGGAAUUUAGUCCUUAACCUAAAUUUUUAGUCAUUUCACGAAUCUUAUUACAAAAAUAUUAUUUGAAUUAAAUAUAAAUUAAAAAUGGUUGAGCCACAAAGACAAAAAUUAGAACACGAAAUAACAAAUUUAGUUGAUGAACUCGACAAAUCAUAUUUAAGAAAUUUCCAAAGAGACAUGCAUUUAUGUGCUGUAAAAUGCUGCGACAAUAAAGAAUUAUCGAUGCAAGGUGUCCAAAGUUGUGUGGAAAAAUGUAGUAAAAGAUUAAUGAAAGCAAACAAUCACGUACAACAAGAACUAAGUAAUUUUCAAAAUCGUGUACAACGAUGUGUUAUGGAUUGCAAUGAUGAUAUUCGUGAUAAAAUGGGUCCAGUCAAUCCAAGUGAUGCUGAUAUGGAAAAAUUGGGUAGAAUGUUUGAAAAAUGUGCAACAAAUUGCUGCGAGAAGAAUAUAAAUACUUUACCAACGUUAUCGAAAAAUAUAAAAGCAUUCUUAUCAAAUUUAGGUACAGAAGAUGCACUUAGAAGUACAAAUUAAUGUAAUAUUUUUGUAAAAAAUCGUCAUUUUUG